GAGAUUUACACAUGUUUAGUGUCCAGCUGAAGAGAGAGAAGAGCACUGACAAGAAACGGUUAUGAGCUUGCAGUUAAUUCUAUAGCAUAUCCAAUUGUGUCUUGCUGAAUAAAAAUGCACCCACAUUUGGAACAAGGUACAAGUCAAACCAGGGCUCUAAAGGCAGGAAUCUUCACAGUCUUGGCCAUGUGACUCUAGGAUUUUGAGGACACAAUGUUUUAUAACAAUAGGAAUGUUUUGUUUGGGACCUAACAGAAGAGGAACGACAGCAUGAGACCAUGAACUUUAGGACUGAUCUGACAUCAGUCAGCAUGAGCCCUGUGCAUUGAUGAAUCUGCAGUGUUUGUGCCAUGACUGGGAGCUAACAGGGUUUAAGGAUGUAGAGGUGUUUUCUGACACGGGACAGCCAGUAUCUCCAUUAUGGAAGAGCAGUUCACAGCUCUGCCCUGGAUACAUGCUAACAGUACAACGUAUGUAAAUACAACAGAGGAAUACAACACCACAGAGGUGACUGAGGACCCUGACAAAUACCAGGCCUACAUUAUCGGCCUCUUCCUGUCAUGUCUCUACACUGUCCUGCUGUUUCCUAUUGGAUUUAUUGGGAACAUCUUAAUCCUAGUGGUCAAUCUGAACCACAGAGAGAAGAUGACCAUUCCAGACCUGUACUUUGUAAACCUGGCAGUAGCUGAUCUUAUCUUAGUGGCAGACUCUCUCAUUGAGGUUUUCAACCUGAAUGAGAAGUAUUAUGACUAUGCUGUGCUGUGCACCUUCAUGUCGCUCUUUCUGCAGGUCAACAUGUACAGCAGUAUCUUCUUCCUCACCUGGAUGAGUUUUGACCGCUACGUGGCGUUAGCCAGCUCAGUGAACAGCAGCCCGCUGAGGACGAUGCAGCACGCCAAAAUGAGCUGUGGCCUCAUCUGGAUGGUAUCCCUCUUGGCCACUCUGCUGCCCUUUACCAUAGUGCAGACUCAGCACCGAGGGGAGCUGCACUUUUGCUUUGCCAACGUGUUUGAGAUCCAGUGGCUGGAGGUCACCAUUGGCUUUUUGGUGCCCUUCUCCAUUAUUGGCCUGUGCUACUCUCUGAUUGGCCGAAUCCUAAUGAAAUCCCAGAAGCACCGUGGACUGUGGCCGAGGCGGCAGAAGGCCCUGCGUAUGAUUGUGGUGGUAGUGCUGGUGUUCUUCAUCUGCUGGCUGCCUGAGAACGUCUUCAUUAGUAUCCAGCUUCUGCAGGGUACUGCAGAUCCAGCCCACAGAACUGACGCCCCCUUGUGGCACGACUACCCUCUCACAGGGCACAUCGUCAACCUGGCAGCUUUCUCCAACAGCUGCCUCAACCCCAUCAUCUACAGCUUCCUGGGGGAAACUUUCAGGGACAAGCUGAGGCUCUUUGUCAAGCAGAAGGCGGGCUGGUCUGUGGUCAACCGCGUCUGCAGAAACAGUUUGAACUUAGGCCUGUCAGUCCGGAGCGACGUGACCCAGGUGUGACCUCCACAGCUUCAUGAACAAAAACAUAAGUACGAAUAAUGCUCUUAAUUAUUGCCUUUCUGUAUCUGCACAUUUAAUGUCUUAAUCUGCCUGUCUGUUACUUCAACAUUGGCUAACUGACAAAGAAGGGUUAAUAAAUAAAAUAAAAUAAAAGCUUAAGAGAAAAAACGUGCACUGUAGAUAUACAUAUGUGUAUGUUGUUUUGCCUGUGUUUUCAGCUUGGCAAGGUCUACAUUUGUCUUUUUAAAGUUGUAUUAUGUAAAAUUUCAGGUAGGGCUCUGCUACCUUUAUGUUCCAUGGAGAUGCUAUUGCUUUGUCAUUUUUGUGUUUCAUUCCAUUACAUGUGUUUUUAUAGCAAAAACAUGUAUUCUUACUGUGACUGUUGCCUUGCCACAGACCUGUAACUAGGUCAUCUGCUUAGCUCCAUGGAGAUAGAUAAGUUGUAUGCCAUACUGUGGAACAUUCCAGGCAAAGCAAUAACAUCUCCAUGGAAAUAAGCAGACGGCAGACCUUCCACCAGAAAAUUACCUUUAAACAAACACUAUCCAAGCAUUAAUGUUGAAAGGGUUCACUCACAGUUGUGAGUCCCGAGAAGUGUUGUUGGAUUUUUGUUAUAUAUUUUGCAGAGUUCAACAGAUGGCAGAUAUUUUUAGAUUGGUAUUAAAGUGGGGACAAUAAGACACCUGUGCUUAAGGUGUAGCAUGGGUGUCUUAUUGCCCCCAUAAUGUGUCUGCUCUUGUUAGGUUGAUGGUAUAGCAAGAGCCAGGUGCUGGUAGGAACCAAGCAAGGUAAACACAUCACUUAGUAUUAAAUGGCCUUUUGUCAGUGUUAAUAUUUACCAGUGAAUGGCAAGGCAAAUUGUCAAAAGAUUUAGGACAGACAAGAGAGGAACAGACUGGUUGGUACCAAAAAUACUCAUCAAAACAUCUAUAAAUAAAUAUCAAUAUACUCAAAAACUGCCAAAUUAUGUUAUAAAUUAUCUAUUUUAAACUAAGGAUAGGCUAUUGAAUAUUGUUGGUUGUUGUGAAGAGAUUUUUUAUCCUGUGAAGUUUUAAAUGGGUCCAAGCAGCACCUUACCUGCACCUGUGUAAGCAGAGAAGUGCAUCAAGGUGACCAGACAGAUGCCCUGUGGCCUGUACACUUAAUUAGCUGCUUAGGCAAGAGUAUCAGAUAGACGUCAAACAAAGAAAUAGGGGUAUGACUUCAACUAUUGCUGACACAAAACAUUUCCUGGAGAAAUAUACAUAAAACAGCAGCUUUGUAACCAAAAUAUCAGUGGUACAAAUAUUGAGAAAUAAAGGUUUUAAAGU